CUCUCAGAGAUCAGAGAUCAGAGAUCAGAGAAAGACACAACGAAUAACCAAAGCAACCAACCAGCCGACCCAUGGGAAAUGGAUAGGAAUGGCAGCCUGAGGAAGAAAUGAAGACGCCGAUGUCAUCGUUCCCGCUCCUUAGUCAGCACCAAAGGUCCAAGCACGUGCCGUACGGUCACGGGUCACGGGUCGCCUUCCUGUUCGGGAUGGGCAUCUCCAAUCUGUUCGGAUGCAGUUCAGGAAUUAUUCUUCAUGAUCAUGGUUUAUUAUAUUCGAUUCCUAAAAACCCCCAGGUUUGCCAAGCAGAAAGGUGCUGUAUCAGUCUCCGCGCUGGUCUGCAUCACUACCGAUCUCGGCGAUGCCUUCCUCACUCAAGAUGUGGAUUUGCAUGUGACCCUGGUCGCUCAUGGCACAGGAAAGGUCCUGUAUCAGGAACCCAUAACAUGGAACGCAGGCAAGCGUGAAGUACCAAUAUCGCUGGGACCAUUUUCCGUCAACCUGUCUCAACACACAGUCGUGCUUGCAGUAUCCCCUGCCAAUUCCGCCAAGCUGCAGGCACCGUUACCAGACUCACUCAUUGGAAAGUCCGAAUGUCCGCUAGUUGUAUCAGGCUGGAGUGCUCCGUUUGGCGGAUCACAGACUUUAGUAGCGGAGAAGCUCGUUGAACGACGCUUUGGGCCAGAUGACAAGCUCGGCCUCCGAAUCUGGGAAGAAACCGGGAACAGUAUCGCCCGGCAUAUCUGGGAUGCAGCGGUAGCGUCAGUUGUCUAUCUUCAGAAGAUAGUUGCUGGAGACCCAGAGAUCUCUGCGCCACUGUUGCAAGCGCUUCUUCGAGGAUCGCGCAACGGCCCGCUUCACACCAUUGAACUGGGUUCUGGAUGUGGCAUUGUAGGAAUCGCGCUGGCAGAGCUUCUUCCCGAGUGCUCUGUCACGCUCACCGAUCUUCCUGAGGUCGAAGAAAUUGUGACGAAGAAUAUUGCGGUUGCGCGACCUGCCAAGUCCUCGGCACUCCAAUUCCAAACUCUGGACUGGGAUGAGCCUCUUCCAGAAGAUUUAUGCGGUGGCUCCAUUGACCUGAUCCUUGUCUCAGAUUGUACCUACAAUGCGGACAGCUUACCUGCGUUGGUCUCGGUACUAAACCGCUUGCUGCAGAUGUCGCCGGAUGCAGUCAUCCUGGUGGCGUUGAAGAGACGACACGAAAGUGAAACCGUCUUCUUUGAUCUCAUGCGGUCGGCAAAUAUCUGCAGUCUGCAUCUGGCUCACAUGCAGCUUCCAUCCGAGCAUGAUCAACAGGAUCAGAUUGAACUACAUUGCUUUGGGCGAGAGGGAAGGCAUCAGGGCUGACGGCGAUACGCGUUGUCGCUAUU